AUGUUUGUCGAUUCAUCAAUUGUGAAUUGCCGAAUUAUUGUUAUAGGAGACACACUUGUUGGUAAAACUUGUCUCCUAAAUCGUCUAGUUUUCGGUAUUUUCAACGAAAACCAGGCUUCUACGAUUGGUGCAACUCAUCAGAUCAUUACGAAAGAAAUAGACGGACGCAUACUGCAGGUACAGAUAUGGGAUACUGCAGGACAAGAAAAGUUUAAAUCGUUAGGUCCAAUUUAUUUCAGAAAUUCUUCUGGCGCUAUUGCCGUGUACGAUGAGACCAACGCGAAAUCAUUUGAAAACCUUUCCGAAUGGAUAAAAUCUUUUAGAGAUGUCGCAGGUCCAAAUACAGUUAUUGCUGUUGCUGCAAAUAAAUCGGAUUGCACUGAUCAGAAGCAAGUAGCUUUCGGAAAGGCUAAACAAUGGGCUGACCAGAACAAAUAUUUGAUCAGAGAAACUUCUGCAAAAGAAGGAGAAGGAAUUAGCGAUUUAUUCAUGGAACUCGCAACAACGAUAUUGCGACAACAAACUACUCUUAAUGGAGGUAAUUCAGGAGCACAAAUCCAAGUGUUUGCUUCAGAGAAAGAAAAUAAAUGUUCCUGUUAG